ACGGGCUUAUUUUGGUAGAAGCCCGAGCAAGAUUUAAAAGACAGACAGAAAGCCUUUUGACCACUUGAGAAGUGUGUAAGAAGCAAGAAAGAGUGUGGAUAAAACCCCCCAAGAACUGAACAAAACCUCCCUCCAUCUCCAUCUUCACCUCCAUGUCCUACACAACCAAGAACAACUUAGGUAACAAUGGAGUCUGUAGGUGCAGUGUUGGACCGACUCAAAUCCUUCGCCAAAUCUGGCCAAGACUUUUUCGACGGUCUUCUUCACCGUCGCAAUCCGAUUGAAAUCCUUAAACGCUUGCAAAGGGAAUCUUUCUCCGAUCUUAUGAAACUCAGAGACCGGCAAGAAAAGGUUGAGCAAAUACUUUCUUUCUACCAAUCCUCCAAAGACGGUCCCUUCCGUGAAGUUACCACUCACGUGAGAGGACACGUGGAUUUCUUGGGUGCUUUCUUGGUUUUGGAUAACCUUAAUCAGCAUAACUUAGAUGCUGUGAAUAGGUCCGGAAUUAGAACUGGUGUUGAUUCCAGGCUCGUUUUUGAAACAACUAUUGGGAAAAACGAUAAUCUUGCAGCAGAGUUUGUAUCCACUCAGAAAGGGAAGAAGGAACAUGUUGAUCAAAUGCCACUUUCUCUGGCCAAACUCAGCUACACGGCAAAUCUCAAUGAGUGGUUCUCUCUCAUGGCUAUCCCAAUCGGAGCCCAGUGCAGAGAUGUUGCAAUUGCUUCUAAUUCUUUUCACCAGCUGGGAAAGGGCCUUACAGACUUUUCCUCUUUUGGACCACCUCUUCUGAAUCUGCACUAUGGUAGCGCUAUUGGCAUAACUGUGAGACAUUCAAAUGUAAUUGCUUCAUUGGCUCAAUUGGUCGCUGGACUAGGAAUGCCGUCCGGUUCUAAUACGAUGGAGAAUAGAUCCAGCACUUUCGGUCAACUCAUGUGUCAGUUUCCUGGAGGAACAAAAUUGUCUGUUCUGGAUGUUUACCAUCUGCCUUUGUCAUCAAGGCAACUUAGAAAUUUUGGUUCUUUCACAAUUCCAAUAGUCUUGUCCAAGCAACGUGAACCCUCCGAGGCAGCUCCUGAAGCAUUAGGAACCCUGGUCUCAACUGGGUCUAUUGCAGUGAUGGUGGAGUCUGAACUUGAUGGCUUUACAAAAAUUGGAGGUUGGGUUGAGAUGAACAAAUCAAAUCCCAAAUCUGUACAAUGGGCUGUAACUGUGUCUGACAUUUCCGAAGAUUCAUUUGGCUGGGGAUUGAGUUUCAGUGGGAUAAAUGGAGAUUCAGCAAAUGGGUGUCAUCUUCAGGGUGAAUCCUAUCUAAAAUUUAACAUGGGUAACAAAUUUUGUUUGAAGCCAGGUUUUGCAUUGGCAGUGGAUGGGAAUUCUAAAAUUGCUGCUUUGAUGCUUCGCUCUAAUUGGUCCCUGUGAUGCUUAUGCUGCUGAUUGCUAUGUACUUCCAGUUUGUUCAGGCUCUCAACAUUUUUCACACCACGUGUAUAUGACUAAUCAUUCUUUGUUAUAUAGUUCUGUUUGGUCUAAAACAUGCUUGGUUUCCACUCCUGAAUGCAUUCCGGAUGGC